AGAGAGAGAGAGAGAGAUUCGGUCCUGAUGAUGGUUUGAAUGCAUGAUGCUGUGGUGCUGAUGAGGGACAGAUGUUCAUAUUACAGCUGUAACACUGCUGUAUUGUAUUGCAUUGUACUGUGAUGUUCACAAGCAGGCUUCAGUAAUCCACAGCGGUGAGAAAAUAUCAAUGCCGACAUAAAAGGCGCGAGCGCUGGGCUGUUUGACGGCUCUCCAUCACUGAAUGAGAUCCUCACAAUGAGAGCCGAGCAGAGGCGAAAGGACGCGACUGCCAUCCAUUACGCGGAAGAGACUGAAACAGGGGAACGUCACUGGAGCCCAAAAAGGCACAAAAGACGACCGAAAACCGACAUCCAUUCGGGAAAAGCUGAAGAGACGGUUCGUUUUUAAUGAUCGUCACACGGUAAUUGUCCCCCGUUCGUAUUGGUGAUGUUUGCAUGAGAAGCCAGCGCGGUUAACAGUGGGAUUGUGACAGCGGUGAUUUCCAGCUGUUUCUCAUUGUUUGCAUGAUAACAACCUGUGUAUACCAACACAUAUUUGUGUUGAAAGGUGUGAACAUAUUCGACAGGUCGACCUGAAAAGCUCCUAAUGUGUUAUCUCCCACCUAGUUUCUAUCACCAUGCCCGCCUCUCCACCUCCCGGACCGGGCAGUAACUCCAGCACAGUGCCCUGGGACCCAGGCGCGCCACUGUCACCCUCUCUGGUAAACAGCACGGUAAAGAUGGUGCUCAUCUCUAUGAUCGUGUGCACCUCGCUUUUCGGAAACAUAGUGGUGCUGCUGGUGUUUCAGCGCAAGCCGCAGCUGCUUCACGUCGCCAAUCGCUUCGUGCUCAACCUAAUCCUGGCCGACCUCCUGCAGACGGUGCUGGUCAUGCCUUUUGCCAUCGCCGCCACCGUGCCCGAGGUCUGGCCCCUGCAUGCCCAUCUGUGCCAGGCACUUGUGGUCCUCAUGCAUCUGUUCGCAUUCGCCGGUGUCAACACAAUCAUCGUGGUGUCUGUGGACCGCUACCUUGCCAUCAUCCACCCGCUGUCGUACCCGACCCGCAUGACACCCCAUCUUGGCACCAACUUGAUUGCUCUCACGUGGUUCCUCAGCCUGCUUCAGAGCACGCCACCGCUGUAUGGUUGGGGAGCCAUCGAGUUUGACCGCCGCCACAAUGCAUGCACCGUGGUGUGGUCCGCAAGCUACUCUUAUUCGGCCCUCGUGUCAGCGCUCUCAUUCUGGUUGCCCGUGGUGAUCAUGCUUUGCUGCUACUGGAUGGUGUUUCGAGCUGCAAGGAGACAGAACGCUCUCGUUCACCCCAUCCAAUCAAAUCCUCCGCCGGAUUCCCAGGCAUCCUGUCCUAGUCCUCAAAGGAUGCCGCCUCAACCAGAGGGACCCUUCUCAGCCUCCUACCCAAUGAGGACUCGCCACAGACGCUUCCAUUAUCACUGCAAGGCAGCACGGGUGGUGUUUGUCAUCAUGGCAUCUUACGUGCUCAGCAUGGGCCCUUACAGCGUUCUGAGCAUUAUAUCUAUUUACUCUAGCGCGUCAGUGCCUCCCUGGUUGGCCUCUAUGGCUCUCAUUUUGUUUUUCCUGCAGUGCUGCCUACACCCCUACAUCUACGGCUACAUGCACCGCAGCGUACGCAAGGAGUUCCUAGCCCUGCUCUGUGGGCCGCUGUGUGGACAGCGCAGAAUCAGUCAAGGCUCUGCUGUGGACAGCUGCUUCACGGUGACGGAUGGGCGUUUGCCGCACACCCACCUGUCGAGUCAGGCUGCCCGCGUGUGCCCACUCCGCACCUGGGAGGAAGGGACCACAAGUGACUCCCCUACUGAGGGGAGGUCUAAGGAUAGCCGUAAAGAGACAACCUCCAUCAGUCUAAGCUCAGAGAAGGAGCUCACCGUUCACAGCAACAAGCAAACAACUUAGGAAACAGCAGUAAGGCCAGUGAGAUUUACAGUAUUGGGGUAUAAAUAUAUUUAUGGUUUCGAAGAGUUUUAAGAGGGGCACAAUUUGACAAUAAAUCAAAUGACUAUUUUGGUGCCUUUUGUUGCCUGUAUCUCUUAACCAUAUGUAUUAAUAAGGCUAAGGCUGUACGUAAUUUUCUUUAAAAAAAAAAAUCCAGAUAAUUUACCACCAUGUCAUCCAAAAUGUUAAUGUCUUUCUUUGUUCAGUCGAGAAGAAAUUAUGUUUUUUGAGGGAAACAUUCCAGGAUUUUUCUCAUUUUAAUGGACUUUAAUGGACCCCAACACUUAACGGUUUUAAUGCAGUUAAAAUUGCAGUUUCAAAGGACUCUAAACAAUUUCAAACGAGGCAUAAAGGUCUUGUCUAGCGAAACGAUUGUCAUUUUUUGGCAUGAAAAAUAAAAAUAUGCACUUUUAAACCACAACUUCUCUUCUUCCUCCGGUCCUGUUACGCGCCAGCGCGACCUCGCGCAAUAUGUAUCACGUCAAGAGGUCACAGAGGAUGUAUCGAAACUACACCCCAGUGUUCAAAAGUGUGGAGAAAGAGGACCGUUCUGACAUUAGUCCCUUUCACACAUAAAGUCUUUACUGGUAAUUUACUGGUAAAUUGCAGUUAACAUGUCAUGUGUGAACAGAACCUUUCCGGUAAAUCAGUGCUCCCAAUUUACCAGUAAGACAGGUUGUAAGAUUAACGGUAAUUUGCCGGUAAGCGCUGUGUGUGAACGAAAAAUAUAGCAUUACCGGCAUUUAGAUGACGUCAGACCGCGCUGACAGAUCGGGCGGGCCAAUCAGAACGUUUUUUAUACAGGUGACGCGGUUUCCCCCAGACUGUUUACGGACGUUUCCACACACAUGUUGCUUAAAAGUCGAGCACACCUGAAGUUAACAUCCACAUUUCUUCACCAAAGUUGUUUAAACAGCUUACCAUCUAAUUGCCAAAUUGCCGACGUCCUUAGCACACCAUCUGUGAAGCCUAAUGUGCAAACGUUCCGUUUGACGCCGCCUAACGCAAUGUUGUUUGGUCACGAGCAACUUCGCGACCGCUUGCCACAGAUGUGAAAACAACAAAAUACGGACCGUGGAUAUUAAGUCAUAACCCGCCGUUUACAAAUACGAUACGGACGGAGCUCGCCGGCUGCGCGCCACAGGUAACUUCCGCUUUAUCUCCGAGUUUACCGGUAUUUUGAUACUGAUGUGUGAAUGAUGUCUUACUGGUAAAAAGACGGAACGUCACUGCAUGUGUGAACAGCACAUUUUUGUAUUUGCUGGUAAAUUCAUUCUGGUAAAUUCAUGGUAAUUUACCAGAAUUACUGUGUGAAAGAGGCUAUUGUUGUAUGUGGAAUGAUACCUAUUAAUGUCUUUGUGUCAGUUUAUUGUUUAAAUGGUCUGCAAAUGUGCGUUUCAUAUAUGUAACACGUGACCUUUCGACGUCAUUACGCAAUUACAUGAGGUCGCGCUGUGGCGUCACAGGACCCGAGAUAGACGAGAAGUUUCGCUAGAUACGAACCUUAUGCCUUGUUUGGGAUCAUUUAGAGUCCUUUGAAACUCCGUUGA